GAAGUGUUUGCUCCAAUUAGUUAUGAUGUAAACAGCGCCUGAUAAUAUCGCCUGAUCCCGAAUCACACCAUUAGUAUACCUUCUCUAUACUUAUAUAUUGAUUCAGUUUUAUAUAUAGAGCACACAUCAAGGCUUGAUUACAGAAACCUAAUUUUAUCUCCCUGCCAAAUGGUCCAGAACUGGAUCUGUUUUUAUAUUGAUUUUGUUCUCUCUCAUUGAUCAACUACCAAUACGGUAGCAAUAUUGUGUGUUAAUAAAGUGAUAAAAUGCUUGGAUAGACUGAAGAGAUGUUUCAGCAAAGGAGGCUGACUCCUGACUUAGAGAAAUCUUCAUUUAUAAUUGAUUUUAUUGAAUAAUGUUAUUGAGUAACAGUCAAUAUGGAAGGAAAUGGAAUAUGACGUAGGUGUGCUUUUGUUUACCAACAUUCAAACUCACACUUACUUGCGAUUUAAAUUGCUCAAGGAUGUGAAUGAAACUGAAUUUACGACAGCCACGUAAAUCCAUUAUGAGUGAUUACACGUUUUAGAAAAGUCAUCAAGCAUUGGCCAAGAUUUAGGUCAUUCAUGCUUUAUAAGUAGAUCAUGGGAGAUAAGUGAAGCGUAACAUUCUUUUACUACAGGUAGUAUAUGUUUCAUGCCAAGCACAGGUAACAUGUGCUGAGCUGUGAUCGAAAAACACAAAGUUGUUUAAAAUAACCCCUUAUCAAGCAAAGUCCAGUGUAGUGAAUAGUGAAGUGAAUUCAGAAAAUUUGAAAUCCCCACGUGGAGUGUUGUGUUUAUCUUUUCAUUGAUUGGGACAUUUUGUGAAAAACAUGGGGAAUAGUCAGUCCUAUAGUCUUGCUUUGGACCCAAACAAUCAGAGUGAAAUUGUUGAUAAAAAUGAACGAUCCCGGAUGUCAAGGCUCUGUAAAAAUGGAAGGUACAUUUGCGAAUUUGAGGAUAAAGAAAUUCAGACUUUGCACGAUGCCUUCAAACGCGGAGCUAGAGUAUCAAAUAAUGGAAAGGCAUAUGGGUGGAAGCCCAGCCCCACAGAACCUUACACAUGGAUCUCCUAUAAUGAUGUCCUUGUUCGAGCAGCCAAUGUUGGUGCAGGCUUUAUAGCACAAGGACUAAAACCAGAAAACACAACGAAUAUUGGCAUUUAUUCCCAAAACAGAGUUGAGUAUGGGAUCACAGAGCAAGGAUGCUAUAUGUACUCCAUGGUCCUUGUACCUUUGUAUGACACCUUGGGCGCUGAAGCUUGUACACACAUUAUCAACCAAGCUGAGAUAAGUUUGGUGAUCUGUGAUAAGAUCGUGAAGGUGAAGGCCUUGCUGGACAGGAUCAAGGAGACACCCAAUCUGAGGAAGGUGGUGCUGGUGGAGGAACCGUCUGCGGAAAUCAGAGAGAGCGCCGCCAGUCACAAGAUAGACCUCAUCUCCUUCUCCGAGCUGGAGGCUCUAGGUGAACAGAAACCCCAGGAGCCAAAGCCAUGUAAGCCUGACGAUUUGUGUGUUUUAUGCUACACCAGUGGUACAACAGGUUUACCUAAAGGUGCCAUGCUUACACACAGGGGAACUAUGGCAACAGUUGUGGCUGCAGCAGCAAUAUUGAAACCUGGUGGAAUAGACAUUUCUCCUGAAGAUACUCUCAUCUCUUAUCUCCCCUUAGCUCAUUCAUAUGAAAGGUUAUUAGAGUGUUAUUGUGUAUUAAGUGGAGCCAGGAUAGGGUUCUUCCAAGGUGAUGUCAAGCUAUUGAUGGAUGACAUUAAAGAGCUACAGCCCACACUAUUCCCAUCUGUACCAAGGCUACUCAAUAGAGUCUAUGACAAAGUCAUGACCCAGUUAAAUGAGGGCUCGUCUAUAAAAAGAAAGUUGUUUAACAUGGCCAUUGCCAGCAAGGAAAAUGAACUCAAAAAGAGUAUAAUUAGGAAUGAUAGUUUAUGGGACAAAGUGGUAUUUAAGAAGAUUCAGGCAGGUUUGGGAGGAAAGGUUAAGCUGAUAACAACAGGAUCUGCCCCCCUGUCCCCCAAAGUCCUUCACUUCUUGAGAUGUGUCGUGGGAUGUCCUGUUGUGGAGGGAUAUGGCCAGACAGAAUCCCAUGCUAUCUGUUCAGUAACACUGGUUGGAGAUCCCGACACAGGAAACGUAGGUCCUCCACUUCCUUGCUGUCAGAUCAAACUGGCUGAUGUAGAGGAAAUGAAUUAUUAUGCAAAAGAUGACAAAGGGGAGGUCUGCAUAAAAGGACCCAAUGUGUUCCUUGGUUACUACAGGGACCAAGCCAAAACUGACGAGGCUCUAGAUAAAGAUGGCUGGCUUCACACAGGGGAUAUUGGACAGUGGCUAGAAAAUGGUACCUUGAAAAUUAUUGAUAGAAAGAAGAAUAUUUUCAAAUUAGCACAGGGUGAAUACAUUGCCCCAGAAAAGAUAGAAAAUGUCUAUGUAAGAAGCCAGCUGGUGGCACAAGUCUUUGUUCACGGAGAGAGUUUAAAGUCGAGUUUAGUUGGUGUAGUUGUACCAGAUCCAGACGUGUUACCAAACUGGGCCAAAACCAAACUAAAUCUGACUCAGUCCAUGGAGGAGUUAUGUUCUAAUGCUGAUGUGAAGAAAGAGAUUUUGGCCGACAUGACCAAAUAUGGAAAAGCAGGAGGACUCCAUUCAUUUGAACAAGUUAAGGAUAUCUUCCUCUAUCCAGAAUUGUUUUCUGUGGAAAAUGGACUUCUGACACCAACAUUUAAGGCAAAAAGACAUGAACUGAAAGUUAUGUUUAAGCCACAAAUUGAUGAAAUGUACAAAAAUCUAGCAUAAAAUAUGUGUAUUUAGAAACUAGUUAUAAAUUGUAAAAAAUGAAGAUUUUGCUUUGAAUUAUGCAUAUUAUUUUUUGAUUGCAAAGCACCAGAAGCAAAUAGUAGGGUCAGAAUCUCUUAAAUUAAGCUAGUAAUAUUGAUUUUCUGUGAAAUAAAUGCAUGCAUUGUACCUAAUUCUGGGAAGAAAAAAUAUGAAAUGUUUUUCUUGAAUAGAAAUUUGUUUUUGGAAGGUAUUUUUUCUCCUGUAUGUAUAUUCUGAAAUAAAGAGGUAAAAACAAUGUAGUAACAUGCAGGUAAUGAGUUGAAAUAAUUUUUUUUUUUAAGUACAUGUAUGUGAUAAAGGUUGUGUAGAUUUCUGCUUUUAUCAUUUACAACUUACUGCUUUAAGAGAAUCUUGUAUCAUAAGAUAUACUAGUCUAGAAAUGAGAUUUUUGAAGAACUUGAACAGUUGAAAUGCUUUGAAUUCAAGUUUUAAAUAAUCAAGCAUGUAAGUGCUAAAAAUAAAAUUGCAAAACUC